AGCUCACCACCACCAGCAUCAGCAAAGAUGGCGGGCAGGGGCGAGAGCGCGUACAGCUUCUCCCUCACAACCUUUUCGCCGAGUGGAAAGCUCGUCCAAAUCGAACACGCCCUCGCAGCCGUCAACUCAGGCGCAACCUGCCUAGGCAUCAAAGCACAAAAUGCCAUCGUCCUCGCAGUAGAGAAAGCCCCACCUUCCCCCCUCGUCGACACCACUGGCCUCGAAAAGUUGGCAAUCGUCUGCCCCAACAUCGGCAUCGUCUACUCUGGCAUGGGGCCUGACUUCCGAGUUCUGGUAGCAAGGGCGAGGAAAAGUGCUCAGGCGUACUGGAAGAUCUACGGGGAAUACCCGCCUACGAGGGUGCUGGUACAGGAGGUGGCGGCUAUUAUGCAGGAGGCGACGCAGAGGGGCGGCGUCCGUCCCUUUGGCGUCUCCCUACUCGUAGCAGGCUACGACUCGCACCGCGGCCCCUCCCUCUACCAGGUCGACCCCUCUGGAAGCUAUUUCAUGUGGAAGGCUAGCGCCAUCGGCAAGAACGGUGUCAACGGCAAGGUAUUCCUGGAGAAGAGGUACUCCUCCGAGCUCUCAUUGGAGGAUGCGAUCCACACCUCUAUCCUCACGCUCAAGGAGUCGUUCGAGGGCCAAAUGACGGAGAAGACUAUUGAGAUUGGCAUCAUCGGGACGAGCACGACAGCUCAGGUUGGAGGCGGUGAGGCGGUCAAGACUAUGCCUGUGUUCAGGAAGUUGACCGAGGAUGAGAUUCGGGAUUACCUGGCGUUGUAAGGCUGGGUGAGAGAGAAUACAUGAUGUAACUGGCAACAAGGCGUUGUGAAUGCGUGAUGGAGUCGAAAGAAAUGAGAUCAGGACAGGAUGAGGGGAAGCAAGGGUACAAUAGGUC